AUGGCGAGAGCCCAUAUGUUGCGUUUGUUGUGUGCGAUAUUUAUUCUUUGUUUUCAAUUGACAUGCUGUUCAGAAGUGAAGAAAUAUCCCCUUUUAAUGCCCCACAUCCACCCUUACAGAGAUGAAUUAUAUAUAUGUACCCCCGUGAGGGUUGUCGACAAUAAGAGCUUUUAUAUAGUUGGUUUUGAACCUAAUGCAACAAUGAACGUAGCUCAUCAUAUGCUAGUUUUUGGGUGUACUGAGCCUGGUUCUACCAACGAAAUUUGGGAUUGUGGAGAAAUGUCAACAAAUGAGUCUGAUAAAAAUUUAGUGACGGCACCACCAUGCUCGAAAGGCAAUCACGUAUUAUAUGCUUGGGCUAGAAACGCCAAAACCCUAAAACUCCCAGAUGAUGUAGGUUUCCAAGUCGGACAAGGGACUGAAGUACAAUACAUUGUUUUGCAAAUACAUUAUUCAAAAAAAUUUCCAGAUGAUGUCCUUGAUAACUCCGGUUUAAACCUCCUUUACACUGAACGACCGCAAAGUAAACUGGCUGGUGUUCUACUAUUGGCCACUGGCGGUAAAAUACCCCCCCACAACAUAACGCACAUGGAAACGUUUUGUGAAAUAAGGGAGGACAAAGUAAUUCACCCGUUCGCCUACAGAACUCAUACCCACUCUUUGGGACGCGUUGUGUCCGGCUACAGAGUCAGACGUAACGAUACCGGUACUGAUCAUUGGUCGCUUUUGGGCAGGAGAAACCCGCUGACCCCCCAAAUGUUCUACCCUACUUUCACCAAGGAACCCAUCAAGUAUGGAGACCGAUUGGCCGCCCGAUGCACUAUGAACAGUGCGAACCGAAACCGAGUCACAAUUGUGGGAGCCACUAAUAAUGAUGAGAUGUGUAACUUCUACCUAAUGUAUUACGUCGAAAAUGGAAAUCCGCUGAGCAUGAAGUACUGCACUACAGUGGGCCCGCCAUAUUUUUACUGGAAAGAUACGGACUUGAAUAACAUUCCUGACUACGAGGCAUCAAAAUCUUACGACUGA